AGAUAAGUGAGACAGAGGGAGGCAGGCACUCACACAUACAGUGAGAGAAAGGGGAAACAGAGGAGGGGAGGAAACUAUUCACUUUUGUUUUUUUCCACAACUUGACAUGGGAUUUCAUAAAUUCUUUACUGGAGUCUGAACCAGAGAGGUUUGCUCAAACUGUAAGGAAGGAACCAAAGGAAAGAUGAAGGACUUGAUGCAAUCAGUAGAAUUAGGGGUAUCCCAGCGGAGUCAAGUGGAAAUAAAGCAACCCAAAGUUUGGUUGAGGAGUGAACUGUCACGAGUGGGACUUGCUGAAUUUCUUUCAACAUAUGUCAUGAUGGCAUUAGGUCUGGGUUCUGUGGCCCAGGUUGUGACCGGUCAAGGAGUAUUCGGACAGUACCUCAGCAUCAACCUCGGCUUUGGACUAGCUGUUGCAAUGGGGGUUCAUGUUGGAGGAAAUGUGUCUGGCGCUCAUAUGAAUGGAGCAGUCUCCCUCACAAUGUGUGUCUUUGGCCGCCUGCAAUGGAAGAGGCUGCCCUUGUAUAUUUUUGUACAGCUUUUGGGGUCCUUCCUCGGUGCAGCAACAAUUUACGCUAUUUACUACGAGGCCAUUUAUGACUAUUGUGGUGGAAACCUGACUGUUACGGGUGAAAGGGCCACAGCUGGGAUCUUUGCCACCUACCCUGCACCAUACCUCUCCUUGAUUGGUGGCUUCUUUGACCAGGUGUUUGGUACAGCCAUGCUGCUGCUGUGCCUGAUGGCUCUAUCCGACCAAAAGAACAAACCAGCUGCUAGAGGGGCUGAACCCAUCGCUGUGGGCCUCCUUGUUGUUCUUGUUGGAAUUUCUCUGGGCAGCAACAGUGGUUAUGCUAUCAACCCAACAAGAGACAUUGCACCAAGGAUCUUCACUGCAAUUGCAGGCUGGGGAUGGGAUGUGUUCAGGUCUGGAGAUGGGUGGUGGUGGGUCCCUCUAGUGGCUACUCCCAUUGGAGGAGUACUGGGAGCUGGGCUGUAUAAGGUUUUUGUAGAAAUGCACCACCCACCGUCCUCUGGACAGGAGAUGGAGCCUGACGAAGAACAGUCUUUCCCGCUGAAGAAUAAAAGAAACAUCUGUUCUGAUGUAUGUGUGAAACCAGAAACAAAUGGAAACAACUAAACGCUUGUACAGCUGUGGGGAUUUGAGGAUGCUGCUGAAACCGUCUUAAAACAACACCUACAAUGUAUAAAGUCACAAACAGAUCAA